AUGCGUCAUGACGUCCAACUCCUGCCUUUUGGCCUCCUUAUCCUAAGGAGUGUCUCUGCCGCACCGGCCACCCUCUCGUCCGCGAUACUAGCCAGAGACUACACUGGCUAUGAUCAAUGCAGCGAUGACCAGAAAAACAAGAUCAACCAGGCUCUCUCAGAUGCCGCUGUGAUGGCCAGACAGCACACUGUCGACAGGACGAAGGACGGCGGGGACACCGAGACGUACCGCUCGUCUUCCGCCUACACGUACUACUUCCAAGACGACGAGUUCGACACGGGCGUCGACAAGAUGCUCAACGCCAUCGGGCAGCAGUCGCAGCCGCCGGCGCCGGACUCGGGCAAGCCCGGCGCGGGCGACCCGAUCACGCUGAACCAGUUCACCGUGCACAUAACCUGCGAGGACAGCCCGCUGUGCGCCGACGCCGGGGCCGGCACCAAGUCGCUGAUGAUCACCGACGUCAAGGCGGCGGGCGACGGCUUCACGCCCUCGAUGCGCUUCUGCCCGCAGUUCUUCAAGGCCGACGAGCCGCGCACCAAGAAUAACCUCGACGCCCUGCCCUACACGAAGAACCCCAGCCGCCGCCAGUCGAGCUGGUGCAAGCCCGGGAUGAAGUUCAGCUCGUUCGAGGUCGCCGGCACGACGGUGCUGCACGAGCUCACGCACCUGAACGAGGCUGGGAACCGUGCGGGCCUGGCGUCCAACCCUGAUGGGGGCAACACUGGUGGACAGACGCAGGGCACCGCUGAUAUCUACGGAACCAACGGCUAUUCCGUCGACCCGGAGACGGCAGCGCGCCAGCUCCAUACCAACUGGAAGAACGUAAUCGACAAUAACCUGCCGCAGGAUCAGUGGCCGUCGUAUGUCGAGAAGCUGAACGCCGAGAGCUAUGCUGCGUCGGCUACUGAGUGGUGGUUCAUGUCCACGUGCGCCUUUGACAGCAUCAUUGGGAACUAG